CCUCUGCCUUCUGUCCUCAUUCCACAGCCUUGCAGACAGGCAGGGCAGACACAGGACCUAGUCAGAGGGCAGCAUGGAGGGCCCCGUGCUGACACUGGGGCUGCUGGUGACCUUGGUGGUGUGCGGCUGCUGGGGCCUGAACGAGGAGGAACGGCUGAUCCAGCACCUGUUCACGGAGAAGGGCUACAAUAAGGAGCUCCGGCCGGUGACCCGCAAAGAGGACAGCGUGGAUGUCUCGCUGGCCCUCACCCUCUCCAACCUCAUCUCCCUGAAAGAAGUGGAGGAGACCCUCACCACCAACGUGUGGAUAGAGCACGGCUGGACAGACAGCAGGCUACAGUGGGAGGCCAAGGAGUUUGGGAACAUCAGUGUCCUGCGCCUGCCCCCUGACAUGGUGUGGCUUCCAGAGAUUGUGCUGGAGAAUAACAAUGACGGCUCCUUCCAGAUUUCCUACUCCUGCAACGUGCUGGUCUUCGACUCGGGCUACGUGUACUGGCUGCCGCCCGCCAUCUUCCGCUCCUCCUGCCCCAUCUCCGUCACCUACUUCCCCUUCGAUUGGCAGAACUGCUCCCUCAAGUUCAGUUCACUCAAGUACACGGCCGAGGAGAUCACGCUGAGCCUGAAGCAGGAGGAGGAGGAUGGACGCACCUACCCAGUGGAGUGGGUCAUCAUCGACCCCGAGGGCUUCACAGAGAACGGGGAGUGGGAGAUAGUGCACCGGCCAGCCAGGGUCAACGUGGACCCCAGCGCCUCGAUGGACAGCACCAGCCGCCAGGACGUCACCUUCUACCUCAUCAUCCGCCGCAAGCCGCUCUUCUACGUCAUCAACAUCCUGGUACCCUGCGUGCUCAUCUCCUUCAUGAUCAACCUGGUCUUCUACCUGCCCGCCGACUGUGGUGAGAAGACAUCCGUGGCCAUCUCAGUGCUCCUGGCCCAGUCUGUCUUCCUGUUGCUCAUCUCCAAGCGGCUGCCUGCCACAUCCAUGGCCAUCCCCCUCAUCGGCAAGUUCCUGCUCUUUGGCAUGGUCCUGGUUACCAUGGUCGUGGUGAUCUGUGUCAUCACCCUCAACAUCCACUUCCGAACACCCAGCACCCACGUGCUGUCCGAGGGGGUCAAGAAGCUCUUCCUGGAGACCCUGCCAGAGCUCCUGCACAUGUCCCGCCCGGCGGAGGACGGGCCCCGCCCUGCGGCCCUGAUCCGGAGGAGCAGCUCCUUGGGCUACAUCUCCAAGGCUGAGGAGUACUUCUCACUCAAGUCCCGCAGUGACCUCAUGUUCGAGAAGCAGUCAGAGCGGCAUGGGCUGGCCAGGCGCCUCACCACUGCACGCAGGCCCCCAGCAAGUUCUGAGCAAGCCCAGCAGGAACUCUUCAAUGAACUGAAGCCCGCUGUGGAUGGGGCCAACUUCAUCGUUAGCCACAUGAGAGAUCAGAACAAUUACAAUGAGGAGAAGGACAGCUGGAACCAAGUGGCCCGCACGGUGGACCGCCUCUGCCUGUUCGUGGUGACACCUGUCAUGGUGGUAGGCACGUCCUGGAUCUUCCUGCAGGGCGCCUACAACCAGCCUCCACCCCAGCCCUUCCCCGGGGACCCCUUCUCCUACGACCUGCAGGACAGACGCUUCAUCUAGGGUGGGCCCACUGGGCAGCUUCGUGGACAGUGAGUCAGAGAGGGGAGGCCAGCUCGGGCCCUGAGCUGCAUGCUUGUCCUACGAGGCUGGGCCCACGGUCAGGGCAAGGCGGGAGCAGCCCCUCCUCAAGAGCAGGAGCCACGUGGGGUGGGCUGAGUGUGGAUGUAGGCCGGAGGGUUUCGGGGGAGGCAGGGGCUUGCUCAGGGCAGGAGGGGUGUCACCGCGGCCAGCCUCAAGGAGAGAGCGCCCUCCUCUGCCUCCCGCUCCCCGGGCGGAGGAGGCAGGACUCUGCCUGUGCUCCCGGCUCCCCGACUCCCCUUCAGCUCCGGCUUCUGAGGCCACCUGGGGAUGAGGGUCUCUCCAGGGCCUGGGGAAGGAGGUUUUCUGCAGAGGGGCAGCAGCAGGGUCCAGUGCGAUUUUUCUAGUCCUUUCUGCCAUGGCCACUGUGGUCUCUGUGGGAAGCCGAGGGCUGGUGUCAGAGGGUUGGGCUUGGCAACACCAGGGUCCUGUCAUCCUGAGGUCACAUGUAGAUCCUAAGGCACCAGAACAGGACACCCUGCAUCCUGCGUGUCGCCCCGAGUACCCGCUCCUCCUCCCAAGGUAGGGCCGCCAGGCAAUCUUCGGGACGUGGCCAUUCUAAGCAGUCAUUCACUUUUUAAUCUGAAGUUCUGUCUAGCCAGGUGUCCUGUAUUUUUAUUUGCUAAACAUGGCGAUGCUCUCCCAGAGGGAGCCCCACUGUGUCCUAACCGAGGGCCAGAGGCCGAGGCUGUAGGAACUAGGAGUCGCGGGUCUGUGGCCGGCCCACCUCCGAUGCGGCCCAGCGAUUCCCACCCCUGGGCACUCACCCCAUGCGGCCCCGUCCACCCGGAACCCAGUCACUGUGUGUGACCAACAGAAUGAGGCGGAAGUGACGGUCUGUCCCUUCCAGGGUGAGGGUAUAAAAGACGCUGCAGGUCCUGUCCCACUCACGGUGACUCACCUGGGGAGCCAGCGGGGACGCUGAGGCUGUGGAGACGUCCACAUGCAAAGAACAGAGGCCUCCGGCCAGUGGCCAUAUAAGUGGACUUGAAGUGGAUCCUCUUGCCCCAGUGGGGCCUCCAGAUAUCACAGCCCCAUCAACCUCCCUGAGCCAGAACCACCCAACUAAGCUGCUCCUGGAUUCCAAACACUCAAAAACGGUGUGCGAUAAUAAAUGC